AUUUGACAAAGACAGAAUUUGUUGCUCACCACACAACCUCAUGAGAGAAUGUACAGGACCUCGGUGGUAUUUUCUGUUGGGACCAUCUUGAGCCCCGUCGAGAGGCUGUAUCCCCACAGAAAAUUAUGGCAAUGGAACUGCUUUCCCACAUCUGCGAUUACGAUCGUUUACACACAACAGCCGAAGGCUGAGCAAUCGAGUCGUUUCAAACAGCGAUGAAACAAAUUACGUGAUCUCGGCCUUCAAAGACUGCCGGCCUGACGUUAUUUUCUUGGUCGAAUAUAAUUCUGCACUGCGUCUUCCAUCAAAACAACAUAGGAUAUGAGCUUUAGCCCGAUUGAUCUAUCGAUUCUACCUACUCACAAAAUAUUAUAUGAUUGUUAGUGAAAUUGCUGUAGGUACUCGUGCACUUGUGGGAUAUGCUUAGUGGUGGAUAAUUAGUUGAACAAUAUAGGUAGACUGAGCAAACAAAUCUUGGAAUGUUCUCAUUAUCGUUUUCACCCUCAAUAGGAAAGCUUAUCGAUAUAAGUUCAAUAUGUGAGCAGUGUAUCACGCCACCCAUCGGAGUAUUCCUGAAGUUUCGGUGACCCUUGUUACGUCCGAUGCACUGAUUACUGGACAGUGGUGAGACUAAACAAAGGCGACAAAGACUUCAAAAUCUGACCCCAAUAGCGCGUGGAUAUCCUGAAACAUCAGCGCGUGCGAGCUAUUCCGUUCACAAUAAGUUGCCACGUCCACCGGAUGCUCGCCGAAUCCACCGAGGCUAAUCCAUGAACUUGACACGUCGAUGUGUAAGAGGAACUUGGUCAGCAAGUGUACAGUUGCUUAAGCUGGUCCAAAGUCUUUAUUGCAACGAUCAAAUCACAUUUGGUCUCAUUGUGUACUGUAUAUGGCCGUGUAACCAAAACCUUCAGAAAAAGCAAAGACUGUGCUACAUCUAUGAUUGAAGCGGCCUGUUACAGUAGCACGUAAAUCGUUGUUUCUUUAUGUAGGAAAUCUUCUUGUAGCAUCUCUCAAACAGUAUUCCGAAGUACUCAGAUUUCUCUUCCAUCGAGAAAGCCAAUCUAUAAUAUUUUUUUGGAGUAUAUUUCUGAUUCCUGAAUUUGACUGCAGAGAGAUAAGGAAGAAAAAUUGACUUGGGGUUGAGGGUGUUGCUUUGGAGUGAUGGACCCAUUGACAAUGUCAAUCAGACAGACAGAAGGGACAGAGAGUAGAAGAAGAUUAGGGUUUGUAUCAGGAGGACCACCUUGGGUAAACAGACCGCGGGAGAAAAUGUUUGUGAGAUCGAGGCCAGAUGUGAUAGGAAUUUUCGUUUUUCUAGAUUAAUGUUCUGUAGAGACCGAUGAGGGUUCUCUGAGGUGCUGAUAUCCACAAGAGGGUGUGAAAUGUAGUAGUAGCCAUGACUGGCCCCGCUCGACUUGUAUGCGGGGUUCCAUCUGUCUGUCGUCUUCUAUGCUGUCUGUCUUGGUAUUUUUCUUCCAAGAACAGUGAAGAGGGACUUGGGGACUGGACUUGAUUAGUGGUGUACGAGCUGUACGGCAAUCGUCUCCAAAGGGAGCACCUGUGAUCAGUUCAGCUUUCUUGUCUUUGCUCGCAAGGGCGAUAAGAUCCGUGCGAUCGCAAAAAUUGUCCAAUAUCAAUCAUAAAUUGAAGGACGAACACAGGGAGGAUAAAUCAAUGAGCGCUUCCAGCAACAUUCUACGGUUCAACUUGUUUUGAACAUGGCAGACGAGCAUGACUACAACUGGAGGGCGAGUGGAAGAUUUCCUGGCCCCGAAGUAGGCAAUGGCUGGAAUGGAAAUUCUCCUAUUGUUCUAGAGUAAAACUUCGCGGAUAUGAUUACCAGGAUGGUAGGCAUGGAGGAAUGGCAUAGAGGUACUUCCAAGGAGGCGGAGUAUCAUAUCUCGAGCAAACCACUCAGAUCCGACAUUCGAACGAUGAAGAAACGCAAGGUUGCUGUGUCUCGUCGGCAGGUGGUUAUUUUGGUCGUGCUCACUACUCUAUGGAUUUCGACUAGGCCGAAUGGUUUGGCAGCUGCAAUAUGUACAAAAGAGUUUCAGGACACUGAGACCACAAGAUCUUACGCAAAUUGUUCGGAUCUACUGCGUCAGAAAGCUUCAAUUGCUUGGAACUACACGCGUCAUAGCAACAAAAUGGAAUUGGCUUUCUCAGGUCACUCUCUAGGAGAGAUGGGUUGGGUCGGGUUGGGAAUCAAUAAUCGUUGCUCGGAGAUGGUCGGAUCGGAUGCAUGGAUUGCAUUCCGGACGAUUAAUGAAAGUUCAGUGCAGUCCUACAAGUUGACGGAUAGAUUGUACAACUUCCCAGUUUUGCAAACCGGUCCCAUUGACAAUGAUUUUCGGAUCAUUUCUGUUUCUAUCACCGAUUUGAACAUUGUAAUACACACUAGUUUGCAGUUGAAACCUAAUCAGACGAAGUUUGCGUUGGUGUGGAAUCGGGGUCCAUCUGUUCUUUUCAUGAUGCCUGCACCUCAUGCUCUCGAUGAGGAAUCACUGAGUUCUGUGGCCGUUAUGGAUGUUAAUAACGGAGUGCAAGACAUUGGAAAGCUCGGCUGCCCCAUCAACAUCUCGCAUCGCCCCCAAAAAAAGAAGCAUGGAAUCAUAGCAGGAGUAGCUUGGGGAAUCUUAUAUCCUGUUGGGAUACUGAUAGGAUGGUACACCUUGUGUUUUCCGCAAGCGUUCCUUUACGCUUAUGUGCCGUAUCAUCUUUUGAGCUUUGGAGUUGGAAUGGCUGGUUAUUAUUCCGGCAAUGCGGUGCGGGAUCUCAGUGGAUCGCAGUAUGAUAGCAAACACCAUCUUCUGGCCAUCGGUAUCGUCAUUAUUGGAACCUUUCAGAUUCUGCUCUUUAUUCUAAGGGUAGCCUCUCCCGCGGGUUAUGGUGGAGGACUGGUGUGGCAUAUAAGGGCUUGGUUUUGCAGUUACAAUUUUGUGCUGGCCUUUGUAAACUUCUUUCUCAUUGCGGCAGAAAUCUAUGGCGGUAUACGGCUCUUCAGUCCAUCAUACAAAUGGGACCUAAAAUGGCUAGUGAUUUCUUGUUUUGCCUUUUCACUGUACAUCUGCAAUUGUGCAGGCAUACAAAAGUAUAGACGUCAUUUCAGGCCUGGCGUCGAUGAAUACACGCAAUAGAGUCAACGUUGCCAAGGGUGUCUCCAAAGGUCCUCUCUUAUCUCAAUACAUCCCUACCAGCUUUGCCAAGGUCAAUGUCUUGUAGAACUCCUUUCCAGUUUCAGUACAUUCUGAUGCAGUAAAUUAGGCCGAUAAUUGUAAAUAUGUAAAAUGGUUAGAUCCGGGCAAGGUCAAUUCUAUGAUUCAAUGGCCAAGUCCUUUAAUGACUUCUCUGUCACACCCUGACAUGGUAUCAGCAGUCAACCUCUAUGUCUUAUGAAUCAACAAUCCUCCUCCUCCUUUUUAAGAAAGUAUGCCAAACAUAUUACUGAAAAUGUUCUAAACGGUUGCGGACACUACGAGCUUAUCGUUUAUGUUUGCAUUGCUACUCGCUGAAACCUCUCAUUUGAUAUUGCAUAUCUUAAUCCUAGAUCUAUCAUCUGUGCAUUGCUGGUUUGCGGAUUCUCAGCCAGGUAAUGUACUACGAAGCUACUAGCAACAUUUCAAAGAUUUCUUUUGGAGCGUACUACAGUUUUUUUAUGCAUUAACCUUUGCAAAUAGAAGAUCACUUUGGAAGGAGUUCUUAUAUUGACAUGGUUAUGAUAAUCUUACCAUAUUCCUUUCGUUCUAGAGUAACUCAAGCAGCAGCGUAUUUAAUUUACAGACAUCUGAAUAGAAUCAGAUUUUCAUCCCAACACUUUUUUCAAACGUACAAAAGUAUAAGAAUAUUGCACGAUCCAGAAGAGCCUAAGAGAUUUUUGGUACACAAAAAGUCUCCUAGAACUUGUUCCAUGAUACAACACUCACUUCAUGAGUACGAUCGCAAGUGAACAGAACCUUUGGUCAGUGUUUUCCAACUCGUAAUCCUUUGUUGCGUUUUAGGUAUCACAUUUGACUAUUUUUCAUCUUCCGA